CCCGCCCCGGCCUCAAGCCCCGCCCAAGCGGCGGCCGUUCCCCGCCUCCCGCAGCCUGAGCCGCUUCUCGCUGAGCUGAGGCGGCGGCUGAGGCAGCGUUUUCCGUGCCUGUUGCGGUCUAGGUGGCGUUCCUGUCCGGCAACGAGCGGCUGUGCAGCCCCGGCGCCCGCGGGCAAUGGUGCGGUGGAGCGCGCGGACGCGGGCGGCCCUGCGGCGGGCAUGAAGGAGGAUGGAAGGGCAGGACGAGGUGUCGGCGCGGGAGCAGCACUUCCACAGCCAAGUGCGAGAGUCCACGAUAUGUUUUCUUCUUUUUGCCAUUCUCUACAUCGUUUCCUACUUCAUCAUUACAAGAUACAAGAGAAAAUCAGAUGAACAAGAAGAUGAGGAUGCUGUAGUCAACAGAAUAUCGUUGUUUCUGAGCACCUUCACUCUAGCAGUUUCAGCUGGAGCUGUUUUGCUUUUACCCUUCUCAAUCAUCAGCAAUGAAAUCCUGCUUGCUUUUCCUCAAAACUACUAUAUUCAGUGGCUAAAUGGCUCCUUGAUCCAUGGCUUGUGGAAUCUUGCUUCUUUAUUUUCCAACCUUUGUUUAUUUGUGUUGAUGCCCUUUGCAUUUUUCUUUCUGGAAUCAGAAGGUUUUGCGGGCCUGAAAAAGGGAAUCCGAGCCCGAGUUUUGGAAACUCUGGUCAUGCUGCUGCUUCUUGCAUUGCUGAUUCUUGGGAUGGUGUGGGUGGCUUCUGCCCUGAUUGACAGUGAUGCUGCCAGCAUGGAGUCUUUAUAUGAUCUCUGGGAGUUCUACUUGCCCUAUUUAUAUUCCUGCAUUUCACUGAUGGGAUGCUUGCUACUUCUCUUGUGCACCCCAGUUGGCCUUUCCCGUAUGUUCACAGUGAUGGGUCAGUUACUAGUGAAGCCAGCAAUUCUUGAAGACUUGGAUGAACAAAUUUAUAUUAUUACCCUAGAAGAAGAAGCACUCCAGAGAAGAUUACAUGGGCUGUCUUCAUCAGUGGAAUACAACAUAAUGGAAUUAGAGCAAGAACUUGAGACUGUAAAGACCCUUAAGACAAAAUUAGAGAGGCGAAAAAAGGCUUCAGCAUGGGAGAGAAAUUUGGUGUAUCCUGCUGUUAUGGUUCUACUUCUUUUUGAAACAUCCAUUUCGGUCCUCUUGGUGGCGUGUAACAUUCUUUGUCUGCUGGUUGAUGAGACUGCAAUGCCAAAGGGAACAAGGGGGCCUGGGAUAGGAAGCGCCUCUCUCUCCACUUUUGGCUUUGUGGGAGCUGCACUUGAAAUCAUUCUGAUUUUCUAUCUCAUGGUGUCUUCUGUUGUUGGUUUCUAUAGCCUCAGAUUUUUUGGAAACUUUACACCCAAGAAGGAUGACACAACUAUGACAAAGAUCAUUGGGAAUUGUGUGUCAAUCUUAGUCUUGAGCUCUGCUCUGCCUGUGAUGUCAAGAACACUGGGAAUCACUAGAUUCGAUCUACUUGGAGACUUUGGAAGAUUUAAUUGGCUGGGAAAUUUCUAUAUCGUAUUAUCCUACAAUUUACUCUUUGCCAUUGUGACAACAUUGUGUUUGGUCAGAAAAUUCACAUCAGCUGUACGAGAAGAACUUUUCAAGGCCCUAGUGAUAGGCUCAAGUUCAAAUUUUCUUUCAUUCAAUUAUGACUUCACAAACUUCAUUUGUCAGAUACCUCAAGGGAUUCAGAAACUGCAAAGCCUUCUGCAAACGGCCAUCAGAAAGCACUGUGAGACCUGGCUGCUUCAGUAGCAUUCUGCAGCAAGUCCUGACAACUCCUAACAUUCCCACAGACACUGAUCAGCUUCUGUUGGGGUCUGGGCCCGCCUGCCAGUGCCACCUUCUCAUCAGCACGGAGAACUUGGCAUUGCCCAUCAGUUUCUCAUUUGAAUUUUCUGAUCAACCUCAGAGCUUUUGGUUAAACCCUGAGUCUUAGAGACAGAGGAAAAGUUGUGUGUCUACAGCAGGGAGCCAUCUGGAUGAGAGGUGAAGAUGUGCAAGGAGGCAGACUUGGACUUUCUUAUGCUUUGCUUUAUGCCAUGAGACAUUUGGGUCUGCAGGCAGAAACCUGCCUGAAAGUUGCUUGGUACCCCAAAACAUCUUCAGAAAGUCCUGGAAACUUCUGUACUAGUAGCAAACUACAUUUUUUAUUUCCUUAAAAACCAAAAGCAGAGUUUCUGAUUCAUGUUACAGAAUCUUCAUUAGACUUUGAGCCAAUGGAAAAAUACUAGAUUCUUUUCAAACUUGAGCCUUGGUAGGCAGCCCCAGGACUAUCUUUUUGUGGUAAGCUGCAAUAGGAAGCAUAUGUGAUCAUAGAUUUGGACAUUUGUGUGUAUACACCUGAUAAUACUUCUCACAGCACAGUGCCAGUUGUACACACUUGUAACUUAGACCUUGCCUUAUAGGCCAUAUGUACAUUCACUUUUUAAAACCUUUUUUCAAAACUGCUUCACUUCCUGUGCUUGUUGUGCCUGUGAAACCCCUAGAUGGCAACUGCUUCUUCUUCAUGUCUCUCAGGCUUUGGUGACCUUCAUAUACACCACCUCAAGUCUCCACCUCAGGAAAGUUACCAGUGUGAUACCUAGAACUUAAAGAUCCUGGAAGGGCAAGUGCAGAGUCAUAUGAGCUCGUAAUUAUUCAGUUGUUUAGUUGUAAGUAAUUGUUGGGAUGGCUUCUCAACUCCUGAGUCUACUGAUUAAAAACCAUGAGUGCAUGCUGUUGCUGUCCCUAGGUAGCACACAAUUCACAGAAAUAGUGGUGCUCAUAUGCACUGUGUGAAUGACAAAACAUAGUUUGUGUUCAGAAAAGUAAAACAUUUUUUUUCUCAAAUUAUUGAAUUUAGUUUCUUUUGGAGAAAUUUAUGAAAAACAGGCUGUAUCUGAUAUAUAUAUUUUUUUUUACUUAGAAAAACAUGAAAAUUUUAGCUGUGCUUUUACAAGCCAUUGAGUACACUUCUUUACUUAUAUCAUGGCAUUCCCUGAUUCCUCAGGUUAGUUUUAAAGUAAAGGAGCCUUGGUACUGUGGCUCUGGGUGACUCAGUGUACAACUUCAGUGAGUACUGGUAGAUUCCUGAGUGUGAGGUCCUGCACUAACACAAUGCAAGUCAGCUGCUUUCAAAUUCCCAUGAUCAUUAUGCCUAUGUCAGUUAAUGCCAGGCUCUGCUUUUUACUUGAAAUUCAUCCUUUGGGCAGACCAAGUGAAGGAGAGAGCCGAGAGCAGUUUUCACUGCAGUCCCUUUCAGGGCACACCAUUUGCUGAUACAUCCAAACACAGAGCUCCUGGCUAAUCUGUAAGGUAAGGUGUCUGAAAAUUUCAUAAAAUAUUAAACUUUUCAGUGUGUCUCAA